AUGGACCCUUCUCCAAUCGGCUCGUUCUACGAUUUCCUGACGAGGGGCGUCGACGAACUGGAGAGCGUGUUCCAGUCGAGCGACUUCAUGUCGGUGGUGUUCGUGCAGAGGGCGCUGUCGCUGCUGAGGUCGUCGCACGACCGGCUGACGGUGCUCGUGCAGAAGCUUCACCUUCCGGUGGGCGAAAAGUGGCUCGACGAGUACAUGGACGAGAGCUCGAGGCUGUGGGAGGCCUGCCGGAUUCUGAAAGCAGGGGCCGCCGGCAUGGAGGGUUUCUGCGCGGCCGGGAUGGACGUCACGGCGGCGCUCGACGGCCACCGCCACCUGAGCCCACAGCUUUCGCGACAGGUAAUCAGAGCAAUAUCAGGAUGCAGAAGGGAAGCAGUUGGGCUUGAAGAAGAAAACAGGUCCUUGAUGGAGACCCGAAUCGAACCCCUCACGCUUCUAAAAUUCGAUGAGAACAUGUCAAUACAGUCGAGGCUCAACGGGUUCAAUGGCUUUCGAGGGGUCCUCUACGCCAUGCGACACGUCAGCUCAUUUCUUCUAAUGGUCUUGCUUUGUGGGCUUGUCUACUCGUGGCCCGACCCGUCUAACCCUUUGAGAAACAUAAACGGGUACGAACAAGGGUGCCUCUUUUUUGGGUCGGCCUUCAUGAUUUCCAUGGCCCGACUUCAGCAGAGAGUUGAUGCCGAAAUGGGCCGGGCCUCGGCCCAAUGUGGGGUUCUCCUGCACGAGUUUCGGAGGUCGCGGGCUGCAAUGGACGAGCUGAGGGGGGAGCUCGAGAUGAGGUGUUCACAAGGGGUGGUGGAGUGGGAAUCAGAGGUGGGGAUAAGGGAUAGAGUCGAGAAGUUGAGGGGCUAUUUCACAAUUUUGAGGGCCGGGACGGAGAAUAUAAUCGGGCAGCUCGACGAUUUCUUUGACGAGAUUGUGGAGGGGAGGAAGAAGCUGUUGGAUUUGUGCAGUCAUAGGUAG